CAGCUCGGAUGGGACCUGGCACAACGAAGCACCUCCCUUCCAGGCUGUACUCAACGAGAGCGAGCCCACCUGGGGCUGGGAGGAUGAGCAGGGCUUCUCAGCACUCCGGCACUCCGGUAAAUGCGAAUGUAAAGAGCAAGUUUUAGGGAAUCCCAAGGUCUUCUGUGGGAUGAAGUACACCUAUGUGAUCAAGACAAAAAUCUUGUCAGCUCAUGACAAAGGCUCCCAUGCAGAAGUCAAUGUGAAGAUCAAAAAAGUCUUGAAAUCUACAAAGCUGAAGAUCCUCCGGGGCAAGAGGACGCUCUACCCUGAAUCCUGGACUAACAGAGGCUGCACUUGUCCCAUCCUCAAUCCUGGCUUGGAGUACCUCGUGGCAGGACACGAGGAUGUCCGAACGGGCAGACUCAUCGUCAACAUGAAAAGUUUUGUCCACCAAUGGAAGUCGGCUCUUGGAAGAAAGGUCUUGGAGAUUUUGAAAAGAGACUGCAACUAGAGGUGCGUGACUGCCUAGGGCAUUUUUUUAUGCACAAAAUGCAACAGACUUCACAGAGAGAAGACCUCUAGGAUGAAAACUGGAAUGUAAGAAAAUAGUGCCAAAAUGCAUAGCGAGGCAGAGUUGUAGGCACUGUGUAAUUUAACCCUUCCUGGCCAAUGUUAUUUCACUCACCUGUAGCUUCCUAGCCAGGGGCUCGCUUGAGCCCGGCUCAUCAUUACCUUGAGGGAAAUGAAAGGAAGGGUGGAUGCUUGUCUCACUCCAGUGCAAUGUUGGAGUAAAUCCUAUGAAGCCACUGAUCACCCCAGACCAAAUUGCCAUCCUAGAGAGGGAAAGUGUGUCCACGAGCUACAGCUGAAAAGCUGGACACUGCCACCAGCAUGGAUUCUGAGUGACUAGCAGAGGCUCCUGGAGGAUGCUGUGGGGAAGGUGAUGG